AUGUCGUGCUAUGGAAACUACUAUCGGUACAUCGUACUGUUCGUUGGUUUCUUUUGUCUUUCCUCAGUAUGCUCCAACUAUAUCAUCAUCAAUUUUACUUUCAUUUGUAUGAAAGAGGAUAUGUCAGAGACACGUUUCAUCAAUAAUGUGAGUUCUGAGCUGUCCUCAGGAGAUUUUCGGCAAGCUGCCGCGAGAAAUAGCAAAAUACCAUCGUUAUCUGUCGCACGCCGGAGCCGUGCUGCUGCCUUGCCGGAUUCGUGCCCACCCCAUGCUCCCAAAUGAGGCGGUCGCAACUUGCCGUUUUCGGCGGCAUCUUGCUCAUUGUGCGGAGAAUUUCCUGAGUCAGUCACAUGUCUAAUGGUAAAUGUUAAUUUCAGACUGUAAAAAGCGUGUAUGACUAUAGUUCCGCCGAGAAAAAGUACAUAAUGUGGUCGGUGGGCGCCGGCACAAUUGUUGGCACCAUUCCCACAAAUUGGUUGGUGGUGAGAUACGGCGCCAAGUGGCCUUUCCUGGUAGCCGGGUUGGUAUCACUGAUUGCGACUGCUCUCAUUCCGUUCGCAUCGAAAACAAGUCUGAUUUUUCUGCUGGUUCUCCGAUUUUUUCAGGUACACCAAAACCAUACAAUCAAAAUCACAAUAACUUUUAACAGGGUCUCGCCUAUUCAACCGACUUCGCAGCCAUCGGAAUAAUGACAGUCCGAUGGGCUCCGCUGCGAGAGACCGCCUUUUUCAUCGCAACACUCACCUGCUUCACCGGAGUAGCUUCAAUGAUCACCAACUCGGCCACGGGACUCAUCUGCCAGAGCUCUCUGGGAUGGCAGUACGCCUAUUAUUUCCAUUCGUUCGCCGGCAUCAUUCUGUUCGCAUUGUGGUCGUGGGUCUACAUUGACGAUCCACAGGAAACGAAGAGAAUAUCCGGAAAGGAGCUGUCUCGAAUUCACAAGAACAAGUCGGCGGCUCAUUUGGAGAAGAACGCGAGCAUUCCUUAUUUGGUACGUAAUUGACUUGAUACGCACUGAUCAUAAAGGCGACAAUUUCAGAAGAUCUUCACGAGUCCAGUGAUCCUGGUGGUCUGGCUCAACGCCUUCUUCGAAAUGUCCGCAGUGAUCCUCUUCGCCACCUACAUGCCCAUUUACUUCCAUCAAGUUCUCGGCUUCUCCGUUCCCGAGACCGGCUUCUACGUGGCCGUUAUUUUGGGAUUCAACAUUCCGCUGAGACUUGUGGCGGCUACUUUUAGCGAUCGGAUCACGUGAGUAGAACCAUGAAAUAAAAACACGUGAAUGUUUAGAGUUAUCCCUGAGAAAUGGAAACUGAUAGUAUUCAACACACUCUCGGUCGGAGUCUCUGGACUUGUGCUCUGUUUGGUCGGGUAAGACCGCUUCAAACAAGUUCCUUUCAAAUUGUCACUGUUGUAGAUUCGUGCCGGCCGAGGAGAAGGUCAAAAGCUUCGUGCUCAUUCUCUCCGUGAUGAUGUUCGUGGCUCUCAACUGCGGAGGCUUCUACAAGUGCGCGGCUCUCCACGCCAGACAGCACGCUCACAUUGUCAUCGCCGCGAUUCAGUUCACAAAGUGUUUGGCUCUCUUCUCGGCUCCGGCUCUCGUCGCUUUCUUCGUCACUACCGAAUCAAACAGAGUCGAAUGGAUUCCAGUGUUCAUUACUUUGGGAGCAUCCAUGUUUGUGGUCAGUUGAGAGUCUUACGGAUUCUAAUUCUAAAUAACACGAGCUCUUGUUUCAGGCGAACUUGAUCUCUGUGUUCGUGUUCACUGAUGAGCCGGCGGAAUGGACAGAUCCGGACAAGAAGUCGUACGUGGAGGUGCCGGGAGAGGAGACAAAGUGCUAG